CUCUUUAAGACCGUGUUCCAGCUAACACCGACGGGCUCCUGGAGCGAGCGGUGAGGCUAAGCGAGGCCAAGUUCCAAAGGGAGGAGAGUCCCCCACCUGGCUUCAGCGCCGCGCCGCGUAGUCCUUCAUAAUCUCGAAAUCCGUGGGCGCCCCCUCAAUGCCUCCUCUCCUUCAGAACGGGUGUUCUCAAUGGCCCUGCCCCGGAAGGCCCCUCUCAGUACUCCUGGCACCCCUGUCCUCGAAGACUUUCCCCAGAAUGACGACGAAAAGGAGCGACUGCAGCGGCGGCGCUCCCGAGUCCUGGACCUACAGUUCAGCGCAGACUCGCCUCAUUUGCUAGCCUCCCCUUCUGGUAGUAGGAAUAUUGACAUUUCAGCCACGAUUCCUAAGUUUACAAACACACAGAUUACAGAACAUUAUUCCACCUGUAUCAAACUGUCCACUGAAAAUAAAAUCACUACCAAGAAUGCUUUUGGCUUGCACUUGAUUGAUUUCAUGUCAGAGAUUCUUAAACAGAAAGACGCCGAACCGACCAACUUUAAAGUGGCUGCUGGCACUCUGGAUGCCAGCACCAAGAUCUAUGCUGUGCGCGUGGACGCUGUCCAUGCUGAUGUCUACAGAGUCCUUGGGGGGCUGGGAAGAGAUGCAGCAUCUCCAGAAGAAGCAGAGAGCCAUGAUGCAGAUACAAGUACUACUAAAACAGGAACAACCAAAAAGGCCCAAAAGCCAAAGAAGAAGCACUCCUACAAAACCAUUGAGCAGAAUGUAAACAAUCUCAAUGUCUCCGAAGCAGAUCGGAAGUGUGAGAUUGAUCCCAUGUUUCAGAAGACGGCAGCCUCAUUUGAUGAGUGCAGUACAGCAGGGGUAUUUCUCUCUACCCUCCACUGCCAUGACUACAGAAGUGAGCUUCUGUUUCCCUCUGAUGUCCAGACUCUCUCCACUGAAGAACCCCUGGAGCUACCAGAUUUAGGUUGGGUGGAAAUGACAGAUUUAAAAGCACCCAUGCAGCAGUGUGUGGAAGAUGGCCAGAUUUGCCCUUCGCUGGCUGGGUUCCAGUUCACAAAAUGGGACAGUGAGACACAUAAUGAGUCUGUCUCUGCACUGGUUGACAAGUUCAAGAAAAAUGAGCAGGUGUUUGACAUCAAUGCUGACGUGGAAGAGAGUGACUGCGAGGACUUCCCUGAUGGGCCCGUGGAGGAUGACUUUGAUGUCAACGAUGAGCCUGAGCACAGCAUAGCCGGGGAUCACACCGAGCUCAGGAACUGGAAGGAGUCCUGCCUCGCUCAGACCUGCCCGGAAGAAAUGAUACCUCUUGGGGAUGGAGACAUUAGGACCAUGUGCCCUCUUUUGUCCAUGAAACCUGGAGAAUAUUCCUAUUUUAGUCCCCGUACCAUGUCAAUGUGGGCUGGCCCGGAUCACUGGCGCUUUAGACCCCGACACAAACAUGAUGCUUCCUCCAAAUCAGAGUACAAAAAGAAGAAUUCAAAGAAAGAUUUUGAAAUUGACUUUGACGAUGAUAUUGACUUUGAUGUGUAUUUUAAAAAAACAAAGGCUGCUACUAUUCUGACCAAGUCCACUUUGGAGAACCAGAAUUGGAGAGCCACCACUCUUCCUACAGAUUUCCUCUAUGAGACUGAUCAUCUUGUCCAGCUAUAUCUCAAACCAGGCAUCAGGUUACUUAAGACAGCUCAAGACCAGAGGGCAAGAACUGAACAUUAUGAAGAAAUUGGAGACUAUGAUUACAACAACCCUAAUGACACCUCCAACUUUUGCCCUGGAUUACAGGCUGCCAACAGUGAUUAUGAAGAGUUGGAUGACUUGUUUGAGGGACCAGCUGGAACCUUUGACCUUACAUCUUGCCAUCCACCUAAGACAGCACAAGAGAAUGGUGACGUGCCUGAAAUCCAAGGAUUGGACAUCACCACUUAUGGGGAGUCAAAUCUGGUUGCUGAGCCUCAGAAGGUAAAUAAAAUUGAAAUUCAUUAUGCCAAGACUGCCAAAAGGAUGGACAUGAAGAAAUUGAAGCAGAGUAUGUGGAGCUUGCUGACAAAGUGCUCUAAGCAAGCAGACACAGAGGCAAACCACAGUGAAACUGGAAAAGAAGGGGACCCGGUGAAGGUGGCUGAUGAGAAGAUGCUCAGCAUGCUCACAAAGGACCUGCAGAGGAGCCUGCCUCCCCUCAUGGCUCAGAACCUCUCAAUACCUCUGGCCUUUGCCUGUCUCCUACAUUUAGCAAAUGAAAAGAAUUUAAAGCUGGAAGGAACUGAGGACCUUUCUGACAUUCUGGUGAGGCAAGGGGAUUGAGUUUGCCCAAAAAAAGUUGGCAGAAGGAGGCUCAUCGCUUCAGUGACCAGGACAUCUCCAUUCUGGGAGCUGCUGUGUGGCGGGCCUGUGGCAAAGCUAUAUACCCCACUAUGAAAGUAUCAGUUGUUUUGUCUGUUGCUCUUCCCUUCUCUCCCUCACAGUCUGGGAAUCAGCACCCUGGAACUAUGUCUUUGAUUAAAGUUUUCUGCCCUGUGGUGACCACCUAGCAAGGAGGAGAUGGUGAGGAUACUGUUCUUGAUUAUGAAAACCUAUAUCCAUACUUUGUAUCCAUGUCUAGUUUUUGUCUCCUAACUUGAUCUUUGUUAUUUUCCACAAUUUUGUAGAAAAUAAUUUCCCAGCAGGCCCUGGUUGUCUUUUAAAUAGCUAUCUAAACUAUGUACAUAAAAUACAUCACAUGUAUACUUACAAAUGUAUAUAUAUUGUGUAUCCUUAAAAUAAAAUCAUUCUGAAUAAUG